AUGCUCACAUCGGGAGUGGUGCUCAUUCAUGACAACGCCCGUCCUCACAGUGCUGCUGUGACGAAGCGUCUUCUUAAUGGGUUUAAAUGGGACGUUUUUGACCAUCCGGCGUAUAGCCCAGACUUAGCACCAAGCGACUAUCACCUUUUCCCGGAACUGAAGAAAAUGCUAGAAGGGCAGAGCUUCCGAACAGACGAUGCGCGGCAAGAUGCUGUGAAAAACCACCUCAAAUCACUGGCGGCUAAAUUCUAUGAAAAAGGUAUUAAGAAGCUUGUACCCAGGUAUGAAAAAUGCCUCAAUCUGAAUGGUGACUAUGUUGAGAAGUAACUAAUAAUGUAAAUAACUUUUGAUAAUAAAUUCAUUCAAUUACUCUCACUAGUUUCUUUUUUAUACCACAUCGGAAGUUGAAAAAAAUAGCCCU